AUGGCUGUGAGCUAUCGUUCAAACUUUGUUGCUGCGCGCGCAAGCUCUGUUCGCGAGGUGCAGACACUUAGUAUUGACGAGCUGGAGGAGCUAGCAGAGAAACUCGCUGCCGCCGUGAAGGAGGAUGAGGCCAACAAGGGUGGCCAAGAAUGCAAAGGAUCGACGCCGCCACGAGACUUGGCCGCUCAAGUUCAUCAAGAGACAAAUCUGAACCAAGAGCAGGGCCUCGCUGCAGAGGAACUGGAGCCAAGUGAGAGCCCUCGGCCUACAGGCAGUCUUUUUCCUUCUCAGCUCGGCCACGGAGGAAUUUCACAGAUGCCCCCAAGAAAUUCACCUGGGUCUACACGCCCUAGCAGUCCAUCACCAGAAGGUUUGAGCACCUCUACGAUCCCCGAGGAGCAGAACGACGAGGUGUGCUCCAUCUGCACGUACGACUGGGAGGACUUUUGCGAUGGUAGCAGCGAGCAUGCCAGCGCAGAGCCUCAUCCUCGUGGGCCCUCGGAAGAAGUUGCUGCACCCAGCUGGGACCCGUUCGCCGCAUUCCUGCCCCAACAGGAAGGCAGUCUUUUUCCUUCUCAGCUCGGCCACGGAGGAAGUUCACAGAUGCCCCCAAGAAAUUCUCCUGGGUCUACACGCCCUAGCAGUCCAUCACCAGAAGGCUUGAGCACCUCUACGAUCCCCGAGGAGCAGAACGACGAGGUGUGCUCCAUCUGCACGUACGACUGGGAGGACUUUUGCGAUGGUAGCAGCGAGCAUGCCAGCGCAGAGCCUCAUCCUCGUGGGCCCUCGGAAGAGGUUGCUGCACCGAGCUGGGACCCGUUCGCCGCCUUCCUGCCCCAACAGGAAGGUGCACCGUGGGAUGGUUUCCACAGCGCAGCAACCAGCACCGGAAGCUACGUGCCCGCCUGGGCGAACUUUCCUUUUGGAGGCCACGCCGACAGUAUGUUCGUUUUCUGGAUGGUGCCGGUCUGCCUCCCUGCAUGCGUCAGCAUGGUUCCGCCACCCCCCUUCUUGCCACCGAGGUGA